AUGGCAGGGAAUUACAUCGCUGUGAACGAGCCUUGGGUGCUGGAGUUUCUGCGACAUUGGACCCAUUUUCGAUUCCGCUUCCCUCCGGGCUUCAGCAGCGCUGACAAUGGAGCCCUGCACUUGGCGUUACUGGAGAUGUUGGAGUUGCCAGAGACACUUUUGGUGCAACAGCUUUAUGCCAAUCUCACUGCCAGUGUGGAGGACCUUCGGCCUUACUGGCGCUUUAUUAAAGAGGCGACAAAAGCUCUUCGCGCGCGGAAUUUUCGUUUGGAUGGCACCAAAUUGGGUCGGCUGUGUCGCCCGGGCCGAAGCGCCUGCGUCUUGUCGGUGUGGCCGCGGAUGAACUUCUUCGUGGAUGAUGGCGUUUAUUUGGACAACCAUGGGAGUUCCAUUGGGCCGGUGAUGCACCAUGGAAUCAAAGACCAAAAGUGGAUGGUGAACUACUUCAAAGAUUUGGAUACAUGUCUGGUGAGUUCAUCUGCCUUAGUGUCGCCUGACAGGCUUGGUAGGAAGGCUCUAGGACUUGCACGAGGUUACAGUCACCUUUACGAGCAGGGUGCGUGCAAUCAAUGCACGCAAGAAUGCCUUAUGAAUUUCGCAUGUCGUCCCGAUGCUGAUGGGUGACGGUGUUAGUCGUGGAGCACAGUGGCUGGACCUGAAAACCAGGCCGUUUGUUUCUAGCUGAUUUUCAGCCGACAAAA